UCUAUAGACCCACCAACCAGCUGGCAGGAUGGGGAUGGUUUAUGCCUCUCCUGGACCAAGUUCCUCACACCGCAUCGAGAGGCCAACAACCGCAGACAGCAAUCAUCAAAAGGUGCAAAGAAUAUAGAAUUAAGCAGCUUCCAAAAGGCAGUGCUUGCAGGUACUGUAGAUGGGGUGCUGGAUCUACUACCUUUCCAGCAAUGUUGUAGGUCUGUUUCCAUUGCUUCAGUUCUUGACUCUGAGCCGCAGCCCUCUCUCAGAAGCAACAACCUCUCCUACUGUGCCCCACGUCAAACCCGGCUACAGUUUUGGACGGACUUUUCUGGGACUUGAUAAGUGCAAUGCCUGCAUUGGGACGUCGAUUUGCAAGAAAUUAUUUAAAGAAGAAAUAAGGUUUGAUAGCUGGCUCUCUCCUCGCUUGAAACUGCCUCCCAGCUACCUUCUCAGUUAUUCCGGGAACUACACUGAUGAUGCCAAAAGCUGGCGACUGGUUGACAUCACCAGGUUAACCACCAAAUACCAGCAUGACCAGGCUGACAAGAGAAUUUGUACUUCCGUUUCCAAUACAAAAGCCUGCAGUAUUGAGCGCGUCUUGAGGAAGACAGAGAGAUUCCAGAAGUGGCUGAAAGCAAAGCGCCUCACCCCGGACCUCAUCCAGGGUCUGCCCAGUCCAAUGCUGCGCUGUCCCUCACAGAGACUCCUGGACAGAAUAGUGAGACGUUAUGCUGAAGUACCAGAUGCCGGCAGCAUCUAUAUGGAUCACCUCACAGACCGAGACAAGCUGCGCCUCCUCUACACACUGUCUGUGAACACACAUCCCAUCCUGUUACAGAUUUUCCCAGACGUGGAGGGGUGGCCGUUUCCAAGGUAUCUGGGAUCCUGUGGCCGGCUGAUUGUCAGUGCCAGCACCAGGCCCUUGACGGAGUUCUACAGCUCUUCUCCCGACGUGGCAGCAGACCUGGCCUUCCAGCUCCUCUCUGUUGUCAAUUCUAUGGGGAACAAUGACUUGAACUACUUAUUUUAUUUUGUCCGUGUUGAUGCUGGCACAUUUGGCAUUUUUAACAAUGGACAUCUGUUCAUCCGGGAUGCCAGCACACUGGGAAUCAUUGACAAGCAGGAAGGUAGCCAACUGACCGAUGGCCAACAGGAAUAUAGAGACAUAUUUAGCUGUUUGGCUUCAGACUGCCAGUCUACAUUUCUGUCCUGUAAAACAGUCAGAGAGAACCAGAAUUUCAUUAUGGUAUGUCAGGAAAUUCUGCCUAAACUCCUGAAGGGAAAAUUCCUUCAACCUGUUCAGGAGAAAAUAGACAGCUUCCUAAGGCUUUGUGCAAACAGCUUCCUGGACAGCCAAGAAGUCAAUGAUGCAGCUACAAAGUUGGCGGAGUUCUUGAGACCUUUGCGAUCUUGUGAUUCCCGUUUUGCCUAUCGCUACCCUGACUGCAAGUACAAUGACAAAUAUUAGCUGCUGACAGGAAGCUCCUACUGGAAAGACCGGAGUAGUGUGUCACAACUUGGCUGUCUCAAAGAGUGAAAGAGUUUCAUUAGGCAGCUGAAAGGAUUCAUAAAAGCCAAGGCUUCCUAUGUGACAGAGAAAGAUGAAAGAUAACAUGCCUGGGGUUUACAGCUGAACUCGAAGAUGGCAUGUUUAUGACAUUUGUAUAUUUGGUGUGAUCCAAAGGCCUAAGUGUUAAAACAUCAUUGUAUAUGAUGGGGGUUAAACGAUUAAUAAAAUUUGUUCACACGUUUUGUUCCUAAA